AUGAAAAAAAAAUCACUGGCUGCAGAGCAGCAGCGGGACACGGCUGCACGAGCUGCUGCCCGUCAAAACCCGCAGUACAGGGCUGCGGAGCAGCAGCGGGACACAGCUGCACGAGCUGCUGCCCGUCAAGACCCGGCUUACAGGGCUGCGGAGCAACUGCGCCGCCGAAAUCCGGAGCGCAGGGCUGCAGAACAGCAGCGUAACACCGCUGCACACGCACAGGCCCGUGAUCAGGUGCAUGCAAUACAGCUUCCGCAGGCCAGCUUGCUUGAGCGUUUGCGGGACCUCAUGCGGUUUCCCUGCUUGCACGAGGGCCACCGCCCUGCACUGCCUGAUUUUCUGGAGGCCAUUCCGGAAGGUGUUCGGAAGACCAGUCAGCACUUCGUGCCUGGGUGGACAUUCCCAACGUGGACAUUUUACGUGCCGACAUCAUGUGCACUGCUGCCGUGCCGCGUCAUGCACGUACCCUGGCUUGGCGGCGCAUGCCCUGCACUGCCCAAGUCACAUGGCAUUGCAGUCGUAAACCCCGACCCCAAUAUGCUACGAGGCCAGCUGCCCGCACGUGUUGCGGAUUUGGCAGGCGCCUUCACGGUGGUGUGCGUGGAUCAAGUCCGAGACCGACAGGACUUGCUGGAUCGCGUCCGCCGUGCACCAGGCCUGAAAGUUCGAGGCAACGUCAUCGUCGCCUGGGUGCGUUUCCUUCAGCAUAAUGACGAGGAUGAAGGUGCGGUGGACGAAGAAGCUCUACAGGAGUAUGAGCGUAUGGGAUGUGUUGCGCGAGUACCAGAGGCACUGCUGCACUCCGCAAUCGGUCCUACGGAUCCAGAAGUCGCUGGUGUACUGCGGAGUACGUUCCUGCACGACCGUACCGGCGCUGCUGGUGUACGACAGCUGCAGGAGACGUUGCAAGGAAACGUUGCUGGUGAGAUCAUUCAGGGUGGUGGCGCUUAUGGAUCACCGCUUGAUACAGGUCCUGACGGGCCCACGGCCGGAACAACUGCCUCUGACACUCGUAUGGCAGCUCUGGCGCUUGCAUACGCGCUGUGCGAAAUGUGGUACCCCUCCCCAUACUAUGCUCCGACACCGGACAGUGGGACACAGCCUCUGGUCAUGGGUAUGUCUGAUGCGGAAGCGCAGCAGCACGGUCUACCCGUGCCAGCAGUGCAGGCGGACUGCCCACCUGCAGCAUACAACUUCGAACGACUGGCGGGGUGUGCAAACGGCGGACUGCCGCCUCCAUCGCGACAUACCGCCUGCCGUGCCCAUCACGCUGCCGUCAUACGCAGUACCCUCACCCACAGCCACAGUUCGACAUGCAAGCGGCAUGGCUGCCGCGGUACCGAUGACAGCUGCGGCAUGGCCUUUCCCCGACUCAUCCGCACAGCCUUUCAAUGGAUCGGUACCACCGGCCUAUUCUUGCUGCCCUGCCUGGCACCCAACCUCGUGCCACACAUGCCUGCCAUUGCCCUCGCCUUCGGCUGCAAUCAUUUGAUGUCCCUGGCCUGCGAAGUCGACCGGGAGUACACAGCUGACAUCGCUGCCCAACUAGCGCGUCCUCCCAACGAACACGGUGACUGCUCCCUCCUACAGCCCGCCAUCGACCGCGCCCGUGACGCCGCGUACUACAGCUCUAAGUACACUGCAAAGACGAUUGAACGCAGCCAGGCGCACCUCACAUGUGCCGCCGUGGGCCGUGUACAGGACUUCAUGAUGGCAGGUCACCGACCCAGCGCCACCGGUGAUGGACCCAGCACGUUCGGCAACCUGUGUACCGUGGUGCACCGCAUGACGGCCACUAUCACGGCUGGCAUGGCACUGGUCGCCUUCAAACUGUCAGGCCACGAUACGUUCCAAGCAACCUACAAACGCAACUACCUACCGAUAGGUGCCUUCACUGCACUGGCGUCCGAAUCCGCCGUAGAACCAGAAGACGCGGAAACUGGUGUGGAGCUUGUAGAGGCGGACGAGCAUGGCGACUACACCCUCACCAGCGUCGUACAGAACUACACGCAGCGUGGAGUGGAGCUGAGCGGCUUGGACUGCAGCGCCUACAGCAUCGCAUCCAACUUCGAGGUGAAACGUAUAACGCCCGCGCAGCACCCCCAUGCUGCCAUCCUCAGUGCCCAAGUCCUCCCUGUACCUGGCCGCCGCAAGCGCAAAGCCCCUGGCGCCGCUAUGACCCCUACUACUGACGCACCUCCCACCCCAUCUGGCACCCAGCCCACCGCCGCUAUGGCGUCCCCUGCGCCAGCUGGCCCAUCUGCAGAACAGCUGCCCACGAGCCCGAUGUCGACCAUACCUCCCAAGAAUGUGGCCUUCCAACCAAUGCACCCGCUGUAUCUGACACACGUUCUUCAUCGCCUGGCGCAGCCGAGGUACGUUCUGCUGGGCGGUGCGCUGCCCCGCCGCCCGCAAGAAGGCAGCAUCACCGCAGUCGCCGUCGCCUACUACGCAUUUGUCUUAGGCAUCUUCAAGGCUCAUCGCGGCCAACCGGUGGCUGCCGAUCAGACGGUGAAAGAGGCGUAUGAUGCAUGGUGGAUGGACCUGGGAUCCACCGAGGCAGGCCGAUUGUACAGAGCCUGUGUAAGUGUCCUGCUAGACAACAUCGAAGCAGAGCACCUCGCCAGCGCCCGGCGCCAGGCCGACUACAACUUGCGACGCCGCCAGCGCCGCGCCACUGCUGCAACUGCCGGUCUGGCCCCGGACAACAGUUCCAGCGACCCGGAUGAUGACGACCCGGAAGCUGCACGAGGCCGCCUCGAACCCGACCCCGCCACACAGCCGCCGCAAGAUGAUCAGGUCGAACGGUACGACUUUGUACCAGGCCAAGGCGACCCGACGCUAGGAAUCAACCUGUCCGAUGUCGCCCUGACGGACCUGUAUGACCGCACCACAGUGGAGGGCCUGUACGCAUACGGUGCAGCUCGGCGUUGCCGUGUACUUCCUCUUCCCAAUGCCCUCGGUGCCAACACCAACCCCUUCAUCCGCCGUGUACGCACCACUGACAUCCCGCUGCUGAGCGAGGCUUCCAAGCGCCUGAAGCGCUACCUAGUCAUCUCCGAAGGCACCGCCACCAUGCCGACCAUGACGGACCACACCCCCCAUCUUCGUUUGGAUCGCCACCCCGGCUACCCCCUCGUAGCAGUCAUCGUGACCGACACCCAGCAAACCAACCAUAUCACAGCGGGAAUGCCAACUUACCUACGUCUACCACAGCCACCGAGCAUCGACGACACCAUCGAGCUCUUUACCCUGGCGCCGGAUCAGGCCGUACCAUUCAUGCUCAUGGCACGUUAUUUCGACCACCGCAACGAACCUGAUCCAGGCGUCCCGCCGCAGAUGCUCAUCAUGGGUCCUCCGGGCACGGGCAAGACUCAGUUCGUACACACUCUACUGUGGUACACGUAUCAGCAUGACAGUCCCGACUGGGCCGCCACAUGUGCAUACUCCUGGGCUGCCGCGAUCGCCUUCAACACCCCAGUACACCGCAGCCUAUCGACCCACUCCAUGUUCGGCAUCUCAGCCAGUCAAAGCGGCUCCCGUGGCGCCAACCUUCCCAAGCGCGGCGCCCACGCCGGCCUUCAGGUCAAGCGCAACGUCGGUGAUGGGGCCGUCCUCAUCGACGAAAUUGGCAUGCAAAGCCACGAGCACCUCGGCGCCAUCAGCCACUCCUGUACAGCCAAUGUGCCGCCUCCACCACACCUUGGACCCGCCCAUCCCAGCAGCCGUGUCUUGUCCGGUCGCGUUGCUGGCGGAAUCGGCGACCUGCUGCAGCAUCCUCAGCCAGGCGGGUCGCCGCCAUACCGCUACGCCGCCAAUGGGAUCCUCAGA